AAAGAUCUCGCGAGAGCCCGGCCUGCGAGCUUGUGGCCGCCCCCUGUUCCCCGACCUCCCGGCUGCGCUGCAGCGUCAGCUUCACUCGGCCUCGGCGUCGGUCUGCACGCCCCGGCGCUCCCGGCUCGUCCGCCUUCCACCUUCUGCCCGGCCUAGGCCGCAGCCCCGGGCCCGCGUCGCGCCGCCCCCUAUGGGCCCCGGCUGAGGCGCCGCCGCCGGCCGUGGAGCCCCAAUGCUGGCCCGGAGGAAGCCGGUGUUACCGGCGCUCACUAUCAAUCCUACCAUCGCCGAGGGCCCGUCCCCCACCAGCGAGGGCGCCUCCGAGGCAAACCUGGUGGACCUCCAGAAGAAGCUGGAAGAGCUGGACCUGGAUGAGCAGCAGAGGAAACGGCUGGAGGCCUUCCUUACCCAGAAGGCUAAGGUCGGUGAGCUCAAGGACGACGACUUUGAGAGGAUCUCAGAGCUGGGUGCCGGCAAUGGUGGAGUGGUCACCAAGGCCCGGCAUAGGCCGUCAGGCCUCAUUAUGGCCAGAAAGCUGAUCCACCUGGAGAUCAAGCCAGCCGUGCGCAACCAGAUCAUCCGGGAGCUGCAGGUGCUGCACGAGUGCAACUCGCCCUACAUCGUGGGCUUCUAUGGGGCCUUCUACAGUGAUGGCGAGAUCAGCAUCUGCAUGGAGCACAUGGAUGGUGGCUCACUGGACCAGGUACUGAAGGAGGCCAAGCGGAUUCCUGAAGACAUCUUGGGGAAGGUCAGCAUUGCGGUGCUCCGGGGCCUGGCCUACCUCCGAGAGAAGCACCAGAUCAUGCACAGAGAUGUGAAGCCCUCCAACAUCCUGGUGAACUCUCGCGGGGAGAUUAAGCUGUGCGACUUCGGGGUGAGCGGCCAGCUGAUCGACUCCAUGGCCAACUCGUUUGUAGGGACACGCUCCUACAUGUCCCCAGAGCGGCUGCAGGGCACCCACUACUCUGUGCAGUCGGACAUCUGGAGCAUGGGGCUGUCGCUGGUGGAGCUGGCCAUCGGGAGGUAUCCCAUUCCCCCACCUGAUGCCAAGGAACUAGAGGCCAGCUUUGGCCGGCCUGUGGUGGACGGGGCAGACGGAGAACCCCAUAGUGUCUCCCCGAGGCCCAGGCCCCCUGGACGCCCCAUCAGUGUAGGUCAUGGGAUGGACAGCCGACCGGCCAUGGCCAUCUUUGAGCUGCUGGACUACAUAGUGAAUGAGCCACCUCCCAAGCUGCCCAGUGGUGUGUUCAGCUCAGACUUCCAGGAGUUUGUGAAUAAAUGUCUCAUUAAGAACCCAGCAGAGCGAGCAGAUCUGAAGCUGCUGAUGAACCACGCCUUCAUCAAGCGCUCUGAGGGGGAGGAAGUGGACUUCGCCGGCUGGCUGUGCAGAACCCUGCGGCUGAAGCAGCCCAGCACACCCACACGGACUGCAGUGUGACAGCCAGCGCCCAGCAGUCUGUGUCCUUGUCCCUGUCGGCACAGUGGCUGCUGCCUCUGGGGACAGUGAUGCUAUUGUGGCAGGGGACCUGUGCCCAUGCAUUUGAAAACCAAACAAAAUGAAGAAAGAGAAAGAAAGAAAGAAAGCUGAGGCUUGCUCCUGCCCAUUGCUUGUUGUGACCUCACUCAGCAGGUGGAAGAAGGGCAGGCCAAGGGAUGAGGAGACACUACCCUCACCUCCCUUCCCGGGCCCCAGCUCCUGCAGUGCACAUGCAGCCUCCUUCCUAGCAGGGGGUGUGGGAGCAGGGGACCCCUCUGGGCUCCAGGGAGCAUAAGCUGACUCAGCAUAGUGCAAAGUCAGUGCCCUGCAUGAGAUCCAGAGGAGACCCCAGUGGAUCUGGGUUCAUGGGACUCAAUGAGAGCCUCGCCACAGCCUGCAGCCACCCCACCAGGGUCCCACCUGUCCCACCAAUCAGUCAGACUCAGCCACAGUGGCCUGUAAGGGAAGCCUGAGGCCUCCUGCCCACAAUCUGAAUGAAGAGCACUCCUGGUAACACAGAGAUGACACUUGCUGAUAUAGACCUGGUGCCCGAGCACUGUACAAGUCUGAAGAGUGUCUGUACCUUCUUGCUGCCCCUCUCAGGGAUGACAAAAGUAUUCCUUUUUCAGAUGUCCCAAGGAUGCCACCAUGUGGGGCUUCACAUGCUCCAACCAGGUUGUCCAAGCAGGUGCUGUCCACCACACUCUGCUGGCAGCUCCUGCACUGUGCAGGGACCCCUACUGCCUAGAGUUGGGGUGCCCAGUGUGGUGUGGGAGAGCAAUGCCUAAUCUCCGCCUCUGCCAUGAGCUGCAUCCACCCCUCACAUCCCUAAAUACUAGGAAGGCUGAGUCGGGAAAACGGCAGGUUUCGGGCCACCGUGGGCUACCUAGUGAGAAUGUCUUACAUCACGGGAAUGGUGCAAUCACAUGUUGGACUUUUU